GACUCCCAGAAACCGGAAGCCUCAAAGGACAAUGUUUCUACAAACUCUGUUGAUGAAGGUUUACCCCGUGAACUUAGUCAGCUGAGUUUGUCUAGCACUUCGAGCCAAGAUGAGUUUUUUUGUGAUAAAGGACAUCCAGAACUGACGCUGAAGAAUAUAUACGGAUAUUACCAGUCUCAGAAGUUGUGUGACGUGGCUCUUAUUGCCGGUAGUUGCAGGAUACCAGCACAUAAAGUGGUAUUAGCAUCAUGCAGUGAGUAUUUUGCGGCGAUGUUUACCGGCGCAUUGAGGGAGUCUCAACUCACAGAAAUAGCUAUAGAAAGAGUUGAUGCACAAGCUCUGCAAUCUCUGGUACAUUAUUGCUACACAGGAACAAUAGAGCUAAGAGAAGAAACUGUUGAAGUUCUGCUGUCCACUGCCAGCCUGCUCCAAUUGACCACAGUAACAAAUGCCUGCUGUGCCUAUCUAAAGAAACAGUUGGAUCCAUGCAAUUGCCUGGGCAUAGCCUUAUUUGCAGAGCAGCAGUCCUGCAUGGCCCUGCAUAAAAGUGCAUUAGAGUACACUUACCAGCAUUUUAUGCAGGUAGUGAAACACCAAGAGUUCCUGUCGCUCCAAGCUGACCAGUUGGCUAGUCUGCUGAAAUCUGAUGAUCUCAAUGUGGUGACCGAAGAAAACGUGUUUGAGAGCCUCAUGACCUGGGUGCAGCAUGACAGUGCCAGAGAACAGCACUUGCCUACUUUGUUAAAGUUAAUAAAGUUACCAUUGCUCUCUUCUGAGUAUUUAAUUGAUAAAGUAGAGGUGGCUUGCGGGAAUGUACCUGAAUGCCAACCUUUGAUAAUGGAGGCAGUGAAGUGGCAUCUAUUGCCUGAGCGACGUUCUCUUUUGUUCUCGCAUAGAACUCGACCGAGGACUUCUACCAUAGGACGACUGUUGGCUAUAGGAGGAAUGGAUGGCUAUAAGGGUGCUAGCAACAUGGAGAUGUACGAUCCUCGCACAAAUACAUGGACGCCAUUCAUGAGAAUGGGCGCUAGACGAUUACAAUUUGGCGUUGCAGUGAUGCAAAAUAAACUCAUUGUAGUCGGUGGGAGAGAUGGACUCAAAACUUUGAAUACGGUGGAAUGCUUCGACUUGACGUCGCUGAGCUGGAGCACGUUGGCCCCGAUGAACACUCACCGGCACGGGCUGGGCGUGACCGUGCUGGGCGACGGACCCAACGCGCCCAUUUACGCCGUCGGUGGACACGACGGAUGGAUUUAUCUCAACUCGGUCGAACGUUGGGACGCGUGUUCGCGCACGUGGACGAUCGUGUCUCCAAUGGCGGGCGCGCGCAGCACUUGCGGUGUGGCCGCCUUGCGCGGGCGCCUGUAUGCGGUCGGUGGCCGCGACGGCGGUGCUUGCCUGCGCUCCGUCGAGUGCUACGACCCUGCCACCAACCAUUGGACAAACUGUGCACCGAUGACUCGUCGACGAGGCGGCGUUUCCGUCUGUGCAGCAAGCGGAUACCUAUAUGCCUUAGGAGGUCACGAGGCACCAGCGAACACGGUUGGAGGACGGUUGGCGUGUGUUGAGAGGUACGACCCUUUAGCCGACAAUUGGGUGCUGCUGGCGCGACUCUCCUACGGUCGCGACGCUAUUGGCUCUUGCCUACUUGGGGACCGGAUUGUUGCUGUUGGUGGCUACGACGGUGUGCAAUACCUGUGCGUAGUGGAGGUGUACGAUUCGGAGUCGAACUGCUGGCGCAAGCUGGCCCCACUAAGUACAGGCCGCGCAGGCGCCGCCGUCGUUGCCGUGCCGCCACCUAGAAACCUCUUUUGAUAUCGCUGCCAUCAGCUGGACACUAUACUGCUCGUAUAAUCUCACAACAUUUUUAAAGACUGACUAGUUGCGUUUUGACUCUUGCGAUGUUGAAUUUUGGGAGCUUUAUUUCUUGUCAUGGUCUUCUGGCAAAUGUACUCUACUCUUAACCUAUAAUUCUUGACUCCAAUAGUCCAGUUGUGGCUAUUAAAAAUUAGUUGCAACAUGGUAAAGGUCAAACUUAACUUACCAGUUUUUAAGAGCAUGUGUAGUCUGGUGUACUAAAGGGUAUGUACGCUAGCUUUAAAGCGUUAUCCGAUAAAACCAAAACGAUU